AUGGCAUUGGAAUAUAUAUUGAUUCAAUGUUACAGCUGUUCAAUGUUCCAAGUGAAACAAAAGACCAAAGUCAAUUCAUUCACUUGUGUCAUCUGCCACGAGAAGCAGAGCAUCAUGAGAAUAUAUGGCAUCAGUUAUCAAGCCAAGGAUUUGAGAGAUCUUGUCAAGAAGUACAACCUUGAGCAAGGUCAGAAACGAGAGCGAUCGGCUAAUGAUGAGGAGGAGGAGGGGCACGAAUUCACCUUUGAUGAUGACACCAAUCAACAGAAUAUGAUUCAGCAACCAUUACAGCAAUCAACAAGUGAUUGGAAACAAUACUUUGAUGAUAAUGAUCAAGAUGAAGAGAAUGACCUGAUAAACAAGUAUUACAAUGAGUCUACACACAACAACGACAACAUCGAGGUGACAACAGACAUAAGCACUCUUGGCAAUCAAAAGAAGCGUGCAAGAACUUAUAGUAGUAGAGGAAGGGGCGGAAAGUCUGUGGGAGAUAGGGAGGACACUCUAAAGAAAUCAAGACAACAUAAUGAUCAGCAGAUUACCACAAGCAAAUGCGGAAGCACUGUUGCCAAUAGAAACACUGGAAAGACAUCACAACAACCCUCACAAUCCUCAAGUCUAUCUACAGCACCAUCCUCCUUGGCCUUUCAAUCCAACCAGUCUCCCAACCUCACAGCCAACAACAAACCAAUGUUGGAUCUACAACUCAAACCAACCAAUCAGAACAAGAUGGACUCUCUAUCUUCCAAAGCAUCAUCAUCAUCAUUAUCGUCAUCAUUAUUGUCAUCAUCUCAAUCUUCCUCUUUGUUGGACUCAAAGGGUGUUAAAUCACACUCCAAAGGACAAAUCAACCAACUACCAAUCAAUAGUGUAGACCCUUACUUAAAGGUUUCAAACAACAGUACCGUAUUCUCUCAAAGGAUAUCAGCAACAACCACAACAAAGGAUUCAAGUAGUUCUGCUUCUCACAAUAAUGAGACGACAUUGACACCAUCAACCAAAUCAAAGGCAGUCUGGAAUCAAUUCUUUGACGACGAAGAUGAUCACAAGACCUCUUUCAAUCCUUAUGGCGAUUCAACCACAGAGACGACAGAUAACCAAGAGAAUGAUCAAUUUGAGUUUGUAUUCUCAAGAGAU